CUCAGUUCGCGCGAGAUUCAUACGCAUAUAAGACGUUAAAUCGAUUUCUUGUUGCGUUAAAUCGAAAUAAUAAUAAAAAAUGAAAUAAAGUUAAAAAAGUUGUCUUUGAAAAUAUUUGACGUUAUUUUUGGCGCGAAUUGGCUUGUUAGGUUAUGUAUUUUAUUUAAAUUUUGUGUUUUUUUCGUAAUAAUGGCGAAAAAAAUGAAUGUGAACGUGUUUUUUGUGUUAUUUUGUUUUAUUAAAGUGGUAUUGUCACAAGGAACUGGUUCGGGGAACGACGGAAACUUGCGUCUCUGCAUAGUGGAGGGCCGUGGACUGUAUAAGCGCGCACCCACGCAUUGCCCAAUACUGGACAAGGAGAAAGCUGGGGUUGAGUGCGUUUUGGGCACAGACAGGUUGGACUGUCUCCGUCGCAUCAGUAAAGGGACUGUGGACUUUGGCGUUUUCUUCCCCGAGGAUCUGGUGGCAGCGCAGUGGGCGAACAUCGAUGUGUUGGUUACAAACGAACUGAGAUUUAGAUCCAGACCAUUUGCACGCAAUAUUGUAGCGGUUGUGAACCGACGCAUCUUGCCGGACGACUCGUCAACGUUGCACGCAGUUCUGAAGAACAGUACCCUCUGCCACCCUGGAGAGUCCAUGGAUGACCUCCGACCUCUCAGCGAGACUUUAUCUGCGUACCUAGAAACCCUAGUUCUAGAAAGAUCCUGUGAUCCAACCCGGUCUCAUACGGAGAAUAGGCUGAAGGCUCUAGCUGACUUCUACGGGAAGGCGUGCAAGGCUGGUCCAUGGGUACCUGAUCGAACAAGAGAUGCUGAACUGAAACGUCAAUAUCCCUCAUUAUGCGCGGCGUGCGCCAAAACCUGCAUGGCGGGCGACAUCUACUGGGGAAACUCUGGCUCCCUGACCUGUCUCACAGAUGGCGCUGGUGACGUCACGUGGGGCGAAGCUGAUGAUGUCAGGACUUAUUUUAAGAUCAAAGAAGGUGAACCGCUUACUGGCUAUGAAAACUUCGCUUAUCUCUGUCGUGACGGGACUUGGAGAGACCUGACGCAGGAACCCUGCAUCUGGCUGCGGAAGCCAUGGAACGUUAUUGUUGCUAAAAGGAAAGCGUCGGAAGCUGUAAGCAAAUUGACUCAAUCCUUGACUAACAGCUCAGUGACAGUAGACCGGCACUGGAGAGGAGCGCUUUCAGCUUUACUUGAGAGCAACCAGGCCUUACCAGAACCUCUACAUCCUCCAAGAGCUCCCAUGGACUAUUUGGCUCAAGCUCAAGGGUUUAGGGAGGCGUACAGUCAAGCUGGUUGUGAUCCACCCAGACACAUAACAUUCUGUACGACCUCACUUCUUGCUAAGAACAAAUGCGAGUGGCUGAGCGAGGCUGGCGCAGUGUAUGGUAUAGCGCCCCCUCUCCAGUGCAUCAUGAGGAGCAGCACCGAGGAGUGUCUGAAGGCUGUCUCCAACGGGGAGUGUGAUGCUACUGCCGCUGACAGCGAUUGGCUGGUGGCUGGGAUCAGAGACUACGCCCUCACGCCGAUACUAAACGAAAUAACACCAAUAGUAGAAAAAACUGGUUCGAUAGUAGCCUACGUAAAUAAGGACGCAGAAAUAACCAAAAUGGCGGACUUGCGCGGGAAAAGAGCCGCGUUCCCGCGUUACGAUGGCGUCGCUUGGCAUUCCGUCAAAGAUUACAUAAUGAAACAUGAAAAAAUGUCCUGUAAAGAUUAUGUAGAGGAAUAUUUUAAAGAAGUCUGUGCCCCUGGCAUGGACGGAAAGAAAUGUUAUGAGGCCGGGGAAGAAGAAGCGCUUAAAUCCCUCUUGGACGGUAACAGCGAUGUUGCCUUUAUCAGUAUGAAGACUUUUAAUACUUAUAAAGAAAACAACAAAGCUUCAGAGACCAUUAAGAAAAUCGUCCCUCUCUGUCCUGAAGGAAACCAGAAAUUCUGUUUCGUCAGCUGGUCAAACUUGGGUCACAUAUUUGUCGCCAACAACAUCACCAACAUUCGCAGACAUGAGAUCAUAAACGUCUUCACAAAAUUAGACCAAUUGUUUGGCAAACAUCCACCUUUCCACAAUGCCAUGUUUUCCAUGUAUGGCCCUUUUAAUCACGAAAUGGAAGUCAUUUUCCAUUCAAAUACUAAGAGUUUAGCCACAAUUAACGUUUUAUCGACUCAUCCUUACAACAAAAUCCCAUACAAUUUCGAAUUAGCCAUGUCGAACGUGACAGAUUUUACAUGUGGAUUUGGCGCCAAAACGACGCCAUCUUUGUUCGUGUUUCUGGUAACUCUAGUCGUAUUUUUAAUAAAUAGUUAAUGUUAUAAAUUUUUUAAUUAACAAAAAGG